AUGGUCAAAAUUGCACUCCUCGGUGCUGCCGGCCAGAUCGGCACACCACUGAGCCUUCUCUGCAAGGCAAGUGACCUCUUUGCUGAGAUUAGCCUGUACGAUAUUGUGCAUGUGCCAGGUAUUGCCACGGACCUGAUGCACAUUGACACUAGGGCAAGGGUGACGGGUCAUCUGCCGGACGACUCUGGUCUCAAGAAGGCCCUCACUGGCGCCGAUAUUGUCGUGGUAACUGCCGGUAUUGCGAGGAAGCCUGGAAUGACCAGAGAUGCGCAGACAAACGCGAGUAUCAUCCGGGACAUCUUUGCCGAAAUUGCAGCGACAUGCCCGAACGCAGUAAGCUGUGUAGUCACUAACCCGGUCAACUCCACACUCCCCGUUGCAGCGGAAACGCUCAAGAAGGCAGGUGUCUUCGAGCCAACUCGUCUGUUCGGUAUAACGACGCUUGACGUCGUGCGCGCCUCAACCUUUGCCGCACACGCCUUGGACAGCAACAGCGACCCAAAAGCCUUCAAGGUACCUGUCAUCGGUGGCCAUAGCGGCGCAACAAUCCUGCCACUCUACAGUCAAGCGGAGCCUCCGGUGAACCUGGAUAAGGAGACCCUGGCUGCAGUCAUCCACCGUGUGCAAUUCGGCGGUGACGAGAUUGUCAAGUCCAAACAGGGCGCGGGUAGCGCAACAACAUGCAUGGCGUACGCCGGCUUCCGGUUCGUCAAAGCCAUUGUCGCUGCCAUGAACGGUGAAUCCGUAACAGAGGAGGCCUACGUCUACCUCCCCGGUAUUGCAGGGGGCCAGGAAAUUGCACAGGAGCUGGGCGUUGAUUACUUCGCCCUCAAGGUCACCUUGGGCCGCACAGGCGCUAACCAGGUCUUGCCCAUUGGGGAGAUAUCUGAGAACGAGAGUACACUGCUGAAGGUUGCUAUCAAUGAUUUGAAGGCCAACAUCGUCACUGGGGUGUCAUUCAUGGCGGCUUGA